CCGUGGAGCUCGCGCCAAUGGACUAGGACACGAGCUGGGCUUUCCGGUGAUGGAGAAGGGCCGGUCUGUUGACGGUAUCCAUGGUACCCUCCAGUGUGGCAGUGAGCUCCAGAAUAGUGACCAGCCUGUAUGAGAGACCAGCAGCCUGCUGUGUUGGAACUGUGACUGUCUCCAACCACCAGCGACAGAGAUGAAUGUCAGGGAGUAAAACAAAUCCUAGUCCAAAAACAUAAGGAUCCCGAGGACAAGAAAGACGGCACCUCGUUAGACACUUGUUUUUCUUUCUGAGCAUGUAGCUGCCAUGUUUCCACAUUAGAAUCCAGCCGUCAUCAGAGCAGGAUGCAUGACAGUGCCAGGAGCACUGGGCAUGGAGAGGGCAGCUCCGCACGAUCAACUAAGUUACAGAAGAAUCCGAAGCAGGGGUACCGUAAACUUGGCGUGGCUAGUGGGUCAGGGUCAAAGUCGGCCGGGACAGGGUCAGGGGGUAAAACCUUGUCUAUGGAGAACAUCCAGUCCCUGAAUGCAGCCUACGCCACCUCCGGCCCCAUGUACCUAAGUGACCGCGAUGCCUUGGCCUCCUCCGGUGGCUACCCUAAGGGAACCAUGACUCUGGGCCGAGUCACCAGCAGGACCUCCUACACGGGCCGGACCACAGCCAUGGGCAGCAGCCCCAACAUCACCACCACAUCAGACAGACAGGGCUAUGGGGACCAGAGCCAUACCCAGCACCUCCAGGCAGGGGGGCCCUCAGGGCUGUUGAGGCAGGCUGGACGGGGUGGAGAAGGAGGGGGAGAAGACAUCCAGGUUCAGCUCAGGGAGCUGCAGAGAGAGAAUGAACUGCUGAGAAGAGAGAUGGAUGGAGAGAGGGAUGGGAGAGAAGGGAGGAUGAGCUCUUCUGUCAACAGUAGAAAGAACUUCUGGAGCCCGGAGGUGAAAAGUCGAGACAGAGGGAUGAGGAAAGAGGAGGGAGCUCUUACAUCCAUCCUGAAGGAACAGAAGUGGGCCUCUCCAGAGGAGGACCAGCAUCUCCAGUUGUCAGUGCAUGGGCUACAGGAAGAGCUGAGAUGUCAUAGAGAGAUGAACAGUCGUCUGCAGCAAGAGAGCUCGGGAUCUCACACAAACAUCUCCACUCACACCGGCUCGAACCGAGAACUUCAUAUUGAGGACCACCGGGCUGGCAUCAGCCCUGGACACAGUCCUGGUCUGGGCCCCAGUCACGUCCACAGCCCUGGGCAAAGACAUAGCCCCGGCCCUGGUCUAGGAGUCAGCCCCAGACACAGCCCCAGUAGCACCUACAACCAUGGGCCCAGAAACAGCCCUGUCCAUCCCCAUAGCCCUGGGUACAGCUCCAACGUCAGACACCACCAAGCUGACAUCCACAGCCCUGGGCACAACUCUGGGCCUGGCCCCAGACACAGCCCUGCUAACACUCUCAUCCCCUUGUCUAGAAAGAGCCCCAGCCACCUCAUCCACAGCCCUGGCCGUUGCCUCAGCCCUCCCAGCAGCCCAUGCAUGGUCCCUGGGUGCGAUGGCUUCUCCUCUCCCCCUCCCCUGGAUCUGACGGAGGAGAACUUCAGCCGGCUGCAGUCAGAUCACGAACGGCAGGGCAAGGAGCUGUACCUGCUGAGGAAGACCCUUGAAGAGAUGGAGCUGAGGAUUGACUCCCAGAAACAGACGCUGGGGGCCAGGGACCAGUCCAUCCAGAGGCUGCUGGAGAUGAUCCAGGGAGGAGGGAGGGGUCAGCGAGGCGAGAGGUCAGAGAUAAUCACCAUGGCAACAGCACGCGAGGAGGCGGAGUACCAGGUGGGUCAUCUGGAGGAGCAGCUGGACCAGAGGGAGAAAGAGAACCUGCAUUUGAGAGAGGAGCUGCACAGGAGGAGCCAGCAGGACCCCACCAAGACUAAGGCCCUGCAGACUGUCAUUGAUAUGAAGGACACUAAGAUAUCGUCUCUGGAGAGGAACAUCCGAGACCUGGAGGAUGAGGUCCAGUUGAUGAAGACCAGCGGGCUGCUCCACCCUGGCGAACGCCUGGAUGAACUCAAACACAUGGAGGUCUAUAAAAGCCACUCCAAGUUCAUGAAGAAACAGGUAGACCAGCAGAAGCAGGAGCUGAAUAAGAAGGAAUCAGAGAUGCAGGCCCUACAGACCAAACUGGAUGCUCUGACCAACCAGAACUCAGACUGCAAACAGCACAUAGAGGUGCUCAAAGAAUCACUCAGCGCCAAGGAGCAACGCUCUACCACUCUGCAGACCGAGGUGGAUGCGCUGCGUGUUCGUCUGGAAGAGAAGGAGUCCUUCCUCAGUAUGAAGACCCAGCAGCUCCAGGACCUGACGGAGGAGAAGGACACGCUGGCCGGAGAGAUCCGGGACAUGAAAGAUAUGCUGGAUGUUAAGGAGAGGAAGGUCAACAUCCUGCAGAAGAAGAUAGAGAAUCUUUUGGAGCAGUUAAAGGAUAAGGACAAGCAGCUGACGGGUCUGAGAGACAGAGUCAAGGGUCUCCAGACUGACUCCAGCAACACAGACACAGCACUGACCACGCUGGAGGAGGCCCUGUCUGAAAAGGAGCGAGUGAUUGAGCGUUUGCGUGAGCAGAAGGAGCGGGAGGACAGGGCACGGUUGGAGGAGGUGGAAAGGAUGAGGAAGGAGAACCAGGACCUGAAGGAUAGACUCUCCAUCCUGACGACACACACACCUGGGUCCCAGAAUACGGAAGAGUCAACCAGGAAGUUGUUAGAGGUCAGCGACAGGAUCAAGCUGCUGGAGGAGGAAGUGACGCGCUACCGAGAAGAGUCUGGGAAGUCCCAAGCCGAGGUGGAGAGGCUCACGGGUAUCCUGAGAGAGCAAGAGACGGAAAGAACCAACAAGGAGAAGAAGAUCACUGAGCUGGAGAGGCAAGUGAAGUGUCCAAACAUCCUUAAACAGAUGGUUUCAGGGGAGAGGAGGCCAGAUGGACAGACUGACGGACAUCCACACUCCAUCUCACAGGGGACCAUUCGUGAGACAGCUGAGCGAAUCAGAGAGCUGGAACGAGCGCUGAGCGAGAGCACAAACACCUCCGCCCACAGGGAGGCACUGUGGGCCCAGGAGGAGGCUGCACGCACGCAAGCACAGAGACAGCUGGAGGAGAUGAUGAACGCCCUGGAGAAGACCAGGCAGGAGCUGGACACCACCAAGCAGCGCCUCUCCACUACCCAGCACUCCCUGCAGGAGCGGGACGGUCACCUGACCAACCUGAGGCUCGAGAGACGCAGACAGCUGGAGGAGAUCCUGGAGAUGAAGCAGCAGGCUCUUCUAGCUGCGAUCAGUGAGAAGGAUGCUAACAUAGCCCUACUGGAACUGUCCUCCUCUAAACGUAAGAAAUCACAGGAUGAGGUGAUGUCACUGAAGAGAGAAAAGGACAGGCUCAUGCACCAGCUCAAACAACAGACCCAGAGUAGGAUGAAGCUCAUAGCAGACAACUAUGAUGAAGAACAUCUACACCCACAUCAUCCUCACCACCCCCACCCGGGGGUACACCCUGCUCACCCUGCUCACCCACACCACCGGACCCCUGCAAGAGGACCACCCCAUGCCAACCACAGAGCCCCAAUGGACCAGGACGAUGAGGAGGGCAUCUGGGCAUGACCGUCGCCAUGGGAACUGAAGCUCCAAUCAUGAGAGCUGCUGGUGAGCCGGGUUUUGAACCAAACACACACUCCUGUUCAUCCCGGUGGAGCAGCUCUACUGAUCCAGGGACGAGACUGGCUGCAGCAGAGUCCCAGAAUCCUGCCCACCUGCCAUGGUUGAAGACAAUCUUUUCCCGCCUUCCGUUGCAGAGAUGCUCUCUUUCCUCCCAGUGUUUGACAAUCAGAGAGCAUAGACUCGUAAAGUCCCAUGACCUCCGAGGCUCCGUUGGACAUGUAACCCUGACUGUUUCCACUGUACUUAUGAACUACGACUUUAACUCUCCAGCAGUCAACCAAUCAUCUCGCUGCCCCUGCCAGGUUCACUGACUGACUGAUAAAUCCUAGACAACAAACUGGUCAGUCUAAAACCAGAAGGACCAAUCAGAAAGGACCAUUGAGAGUGACCAAACAUAUUUUUUUUUUGUGUGUCGUUUUUUUUAGAUAGUUUGUGAGCCCUUGAAAGACUAUGGGAGAGAGCAAAUCCUGAUGUGGGUUUGUUUACGUAGCCACAUACGGAUAGCAUUAGCAUGGUCCACAACAUGGACCUCAGAUCCACAUGGACCUUCUCAAUGUACCGUGCCAAAGGAACCACUCCCUGUCAGCAGAGAGACACUGAGAGGGGAACCGGGUUCCUAUUACUCUAGAACCCUCAAAGAGAACUCAGAGAAGUGUUCUGUGUAUGCUACCUUUCUCUGAAUGUUCUUAAGUCUGGAAACACUCCUGUCAUCCUAUCACGGGACAGCUCUCUUGGUUGACAGUGCUCCAGGUAGACGAUGUCCAUAGGAACUGAUCUAGGAUCAGUGCCCUUUCUAAAUCCUUAACUAUCAAGUGGGAAAACACAACUGACCUCAGACCAGUGUCUAGGGGCAACUUCGUCCCUCUCCGGGUGAAGGGUAUAAACUGUGACCAAACAAAACCCUCUGGGGAAAUCAAACUGGGAUCUGUUUAGAGGUUGUUUUUUCUCUUGUGUUUUUCUCUCCCCCUGCUGUACUUUGUUUGACUAACGAGUAUCAUGUUGUGUUUGUUUUUCUACAUCUGAAACAGAUUGAGUACUGUUCUCUUUGAGGUUUGUAUCAGUUGUGUGUUUCUGCUUGUGGGUGAUGUUUUAUUUAGUAGUGUAUUUAUUGACUAGUUUAAUUGCAACAUGCAUUGGAGUGGCAGUAUUUAGGUAUCCAUGUUGAAGUCAGCACUCCCCAAUCAUCAUUUUGGAAUCAGAGAUUGAGGAGUGCUGCUUUCAGGGGACGAGUUGUCUAUACAUAUCAGUUUACCAGUGAGGAUGUCGUGGUGUUUGAAGGUGACAUGAUCUCUGUUCUACUGAACCAGCAGUAGGUGUUUAGCUUGUACAGUUUUCUCUCUCUCUGUGUGUGUGUGUGUGUGUGUGUGUGUGUGUGUGUGUGUGUGUGUGUGUGUGUGUGUGUGUGUGUGUGUGUGUGUGUGUGUGUGUGUGUGUGUGUGUGUGUGUGUGUGUGUGUGUGUGUGUGUGUGUGUGUGUGUGUGUGUGUGUGUGUGUGCGCGUGCGUGCGUGCAAACAGCGUGAGGUCUCAAUAUGCUCAAACUCUGCUAUUGACUUGUUAUACAGUGUGUUGCCAUGGUCAAUAUUAGU